AAUAUGUUAAUUUGGAAAGAUUCCCAUGUCCUUAAAAAUUUGUGAGGUUUAACUAGACAAUCUAAGGAACAAUUAUGACGCUGAAAAAGCAUAUUCUUCUCCCCCCUCCCCUCAUAUUCAUAAUGUAUGCCAAAUCAACAAUAUUGACACUUUAUAAUUGUAAUUGCUGUUCGCUAGGUGUUGACCUCAAAAUCGUAUGGCAAAGAUGCUCCCUGGAAAACUUGUACGAAAACUGCGUUUUGAUAAACCAGCGACAAAAGUAAAACCAUGGGCAUUUAAGGCCUGGCAAACUGGACGCUUGUGUUUUUCCACUACUACAAGCCGUCUUGCUGAUUUGGAUGUGGAAUUGAAGCGAGGGCAGCCAGUUGUGUCGAUUCCUUUACCUUCGACGAACCAGCCGUGUGAAUUCACCCUGUAUGAAACAAAUUCUGUCAAGAAUCUCCUUGAAAGCAUCAAGGAUGAAGAUGAAGGUGUGAAUGAGGCUCUUGUCCACUCCUUAGAAGGCAUCCGUAUUUCUCAAAACACGCGAAUGAGUUCUUUGUUGAGCAAUGGUUUCAAAUUGAAGAUUAAUGAUGAAAUGCACACCAUAACACCUUCAAGUGAAGUGGGUGUUGCCAUCGCAGAGGAGUCAUUAGAAGAUGUCAGAGAACUUGUGGAAAAGUUGUAUAUAGGCCUUGAUGUUCAAAACAAAAAGACGGAGACGGAGGAACAGCUGAUUGAAGAAUUAGAGAAAGUUCAAUCAGAACUGGAACCUUUGGAACAGCAACGUAUUGAGCUGGAGAAAGGCAUAGAGAGUCGAACCAAUAUGUUGGUUUGGGGUGGUCUGGCAUUCAUGGCUGUUCAGUUUGGAUUCCUUGCACGUCUCACCUGGUGGGAGUACUCAUGGGACAUCAUGGAACCUGUUACAUAUUUUGUAACAUAUGGCACGAGCAUGGCAUUUUAUGCAUACUUCGUUUUGACCAGACAGGAGUUCAUGUACCCAGAAGCGCGCAACCGUCAAUUCCUUAUCUCCUUCCAUAAGAAAGCAAAACGACGUGGCUUCGAUGUGGAGAAAUACAACCAUCUUCGUGAGAUGACCACUAAACUUGAAGCGCAGUUAGAAGAGCUUAGUAAUCCGAUCAAAUCAUCUAAUGAAUAAACGAUGUAGUCAGGGGCGCACAUUCCCCCCAAAAUGGGGAGUUUUCUAUGUCCUGGGACUAAAAUUUGUUGUUCUCUAUUGAGUAGUCCGAAGUUUUGGCCGGCCCAUUUUCUUCGUACUCUGUUAGUGUCUGACCACUUUUUAUACACAUUUCACAAAAGCUGAGGUCCCAGACACCCCACAAAUGUGCGCCCCCAAAUGCAGUAGGUACAAUAUUUGAAAUACGGAAUCAGGGAAUCGAAAAUAUGAAUCAUUAAAAAAUAUGACGAAAAUUUGCACACGAUCUCUGUUUAGGCAAAGGACGUCAACAAAACAGGAUGUAAAUAUCUUUAGUUCUUUCGACAUUUCAAUGCUAGUACAUAAUGAUGUCAAACUGGCAAACUAGUUAAUCAAUAGAAAUACACACAAAUCUUCACCUUCA